AUGCUGUCCACUCUCCGAGUUGCGAGCAGGCGAGCUGCUCUGCGCCCUGCGACCCUGAGCCUCGCUAGCCGUGCUGCUCUGUCUACCUGGAUCAACGUGCCCCAGGGCCCUCCUGAUGCUAUUCUUGGCAUUACCGAAGCUUUCAAGGCCGACAAGUUCGACAAGAAGAUCAACCUCGGUGUUGGCGCAUACCGUGAUGAUGCUGGCAAGCCCUACGUCCUCCCCUCCGUCCGUGAGGCCGAGAAGAAGAUCAUCGACGACAAGCUGAACAAGGAGUACGCCGGCAUCACUGGUGUCCCGGAGUUCCCUCCCCUGGCCGCCAAGCUUGCCUACGGCCCCAACCAGGACGUCCUCGACCGUGUUGCCAUCUCCCAGACCAUCUCCGGCACCGGUGCCCUGCGUCUUGGUGCUGCUUUCCUGCAGCGCUGGUACUCUGGCGACAAGAAGAUCUUCAUCCCCAACCCUUCAUGGGCCAACCACAAGGCCGUCUUCAGCGACGCCGGCCUCAAGGUCGAGACCUACCGCUACUACAACAAGGAGACCAUCGGCCUUGACUUUGAGGGCCUGGUUGCCGACCUCAAGGCUGCUCCCCUGGGCAGUGUCUUCCUGUUCCACGCCUGCGCACACAACCCUACCGGUGUCGACCCCACCCCUGAGCAGUGGAAGGAGAUCUCCAAGGUCGUCAAGGAGCAGAACCACUUUGCCUUUUUCGACAUGGCCUACCAGGGCUUUGCCAGCGGUGACACUGACCGUGACGCCUUUGCUGUUCGCUACUUUGUCGAGCAGGGCCACGACAUUGCUCUCUGCCAGUCAUUCGCCAAGAACAUGGGCCUCUACGGAGAGCGUGUUGGUGCCUUCUCCCUGACCACCGCCGACGCUGCCGAGAAGAAGAAGGUUGAUUCUCAGCUCAAGAUCCUCAUCCGACCCCUGUACUCCAACCCUCCCAUCCACGGAGCCCGCAUCGCCUCCGAGGUCCUGAGCAACCCCAAGCUGUACAAGCAGUGGCUCGGCGAGGUCAAGGAGAUGGCCGACCGCAUCAUCACCAUGCGCGCCCUGCUCAAAGAGAACCUCGAGAAGCUCGGCUCCAAGCACGACUGGUCCCACAUCACCAGCCAGAUCGGCAUGUUCGCCUACACUGGCCUGAACGCCGAGGAGAUGGAGAAGCUGGCCAAGGAGUACUCCGUCUACGCCACCAAGGAUGGCCGUAUCUCCGUUGCUGGCAUCACCACUGCCAACGUUGGCCGCCUGGCCGAGGCCAUCUUCAAGGUCAAGGGUUAA